AUGCUAUUCUCUGGAACUACCGUGGUUACCGGCCGCGCCAAAGCGGUCGUCGUCUUGACCGGGUCUUCUACAGCCAUUGGCGGCAUCCAGGAGAGCAUCACUGCCCAGAUCUCGGAGCCCACGCCCUUGAAGCAGAAGUUGAACGAUUUUGGCGACAGCCUCGCCAAAGUCAUCACCGUAAUCUGCGUCUUGGUCUGGCUUAUCAACAUUCCCCAUUUCAGCGACCCCUCCCACGGUAACUGGACCAAGGGUGCCAUCUACUAUCUCAAGAUCGCCGUUUCUCUUGGUGUCGCUGCUAUUCCCGAAGGCCUUGCUGUUGUUAUCACCACCUGUCUCGCGCUCGGAACUCGCAAGAUGGCUGCCAAGAACGCCGUCACCGGCACUCUGACCACCAACCAGAUGAGCGUUAACAAGGUUGUCUACAUUGAUGAAUCAGGCGCCGGCUUCCAGGAGCUCGACGUGGAGGGCUCCACCUUUGCCCCUCGCGGCGAUGUCAAGAUCAAUGGUAAAGUUACCCAGGAUGUCAUCCAAACCUCGAGCACGGUUCGUCAGAUUGCCGAAGUUGCGGCGCUUUGUAACGAUUCCCACCUUGCCUAUGAUAGCCGCACUGGAAACUACAGCUUGAUCGGCGAACCCACUGAGGGCGCAUUGCGCGUUCUUGCUGAGAAGCUGGGCCCCUGUGCCCUCCGACUGCCCCCGCGAGGAUGCCGGUCACUACGCUAG